GCUAGGUUUGCCAAAUCAAUUUCCCAAAGGGGUCCUUAACAGGACUCAACCCUAACCCUAGCAGCCUCUCCCUCUCUCCUCUCUCUAUCUCUCUAAAAUGUCUUCUUCAUCUUCUCGAGAAAAACCACGUGGCCCCGUCCUUCGUUCGCUUUCACCUUCUGGUAGGUUUUGUUCCUAUACACAAUCCAGAACCCCUUUCUCUACACCCUCAUCCGUUUUCGCUUCUUCCAUAAACUCUUCCUUUUCAUCACCCUCUUCCACUUUCCACAUCGAAAAUAAUGAUAAUCACUACAAUCACCAUCAUCAUAAUUAUCAACACAAUAGUCACCACCGUUCAGCUUCACCCACACGUGUCAAUCUAUAUACCCCAAACUCCCGCUCUGCCGGUUUACGAUUCUCGAUCGAUCCCCGGUCCAUCUCACCGAACCGGUCGAUUUCGAAUCAUGUUAUCACAACCAAAAAGAACCGUCCGAUUCCGGCUCAGAAAAAGACGUGUAUGUGUUCGCCAACGAAUCAUCCCGGUUCUUUCAGAUGCAGUCUUCACAAGAACGUUGGGAGUCAUAAUACAAGCGCCGAUUCGUAUCCUUCAACUCGUCUCAACAUGCGUAGAUCUGCGAUGAAGAAUUCACUGGUGAGGAUCGGUGGUGUGGAAGGAGAAUGGGUGAAAAGAGCUUUGACAGCGUUGAUUCGACCUUCUUCGCACCAACAGAGGCGGAGAUCGGCGUUUGAGCCAAGACCUAGUCGUCUCUCCGUCAUGACCAAGGCUGAAGAUCUUUGAUUUUGCCUGUUUUCGUUUUUCAGGUUUGAUCUUGCUAAUCACGCUUUUGCGGUGGUUGAUUUACACCCACUGCGUUGAUCUGCCGCCAGAUCGGUUGAUCCGGCGAGCAUUUAGGUUAAAGCGUGUCAUCUCUGGCAAGUUUUGGGAGCAUAUUGAUGAAUCAGACAUCGGAGAAAAUCGUUGAAGAAUUUCUGAUUAGAUCUGUUGAGAUUCAAUUUGGACUCAUCAUCAUCAUCAGUAUUGCAUUUUGUACAUAACAUUUGCUAUGGAAGCUGAGAAUAUUGGACUUUUUUGAUUUA